CUAACAUGGGAGGUGGUCCUAGCAACUCUCCACCCAAGCAAAUGACCAUACACGACUCUGAGAAACAACUGGUUGAAUCACCAGAUUCUAAAUUACAGAACAGCCCAACAUGGAGUUGGGAAAUCGCUGAUUUCUCGCAGAGUAAAGAUAAUGAAAACCUUACCAAUCGCUUAUACCCUGUAAUUGAUACCGCCGAAGAUGAAGAAAAUACACAUGCCGAUCAAUAUACACUAGAAACACCAAAAAUCGCUAAAGACCAAGUCUUACUCGUCUAUGCCAAAUCGAACUUCUACAUACAUCCGACUCCAAACACAAGCCAGCAUGUCAACGGAUUUAUAGCCAUUGCCCGAAAUGCUUUCUCGGAUUACUUAUUUCUCUGGAUCCCGGAAUAUCUUAUAGAGAGCGACGAUUUGGAAACCAUCCUUUCCAUAGAUGGGCAGAGACCACCUAGCAUUGACGGAUCCGCCAUAAUCAAGCUACGAAGGGACGAUGAUUUGUUGCAGAUCACUCAACUAAGCAACAUUCAUACACUGUAUGCAAGUGCUCCAAAGCAAGAAAAACAAGGAUGUAUCAUUGUGACUACGAAAGAAGGAGACGUGCUGCCAUCACUCUGGUACCACGGGGCAUCCUCGUCCACUCCAACGUCGUCGGCACAUGACUUAUGGUGGAUCGGUAACGAUGUCAUCGAAGUGAUGCGACUAUUUCUCAAUGUGGACAAAAGCAGGGAUGACGAGAGCAUAUACAGUGUUUCAGAAAAGACAAAUGAAGACCCACAUCGACAAUACCAACGGUCAUUGAGAUCGUACGGUUCGUCCUCCUCCACAGUUACUGGACGCAACAAAGUGGAUCCAAUUCAAAAGGCGGUAGAGAGAGUGGAACAAGCCAGAUGGACCAUUUUGGAGCGAUUAUCACACAUCACAAGGUUUUCAAGGGAUGCUGCCAAUCAAGUCUUAGGUCAUCCUUACGCACAACCAAUUGUACCUUUCCUGCCUCCUUCUGUGCAACAAUUUGCUGCCAAUGAUACUGUACGGGAAACUCUGGAAGAUUUUGACUCUGCCAGUCUUUACAUAGCGCAAUGGGGAAUCGAACCAAGUGACCGCAAAAAGUCAAAACCACGAUUGCCAAUUGGUGUAGAGCGAGAGGACCUUGAUGGUAGCUUACUGAAUGGAUUUGAAGUUGUGCUGGCAAAUGAGGUGGAAAAUGUUGAACAUACAAGACGACCACCGAUCUCGGCAGAGGAAUUCUUGACUAUGUUGGACAGUGAAGGAGAGUUCAAAAUAACGGAGGGGGACAUACGGCAACUUAUAUUUCAAGGCAGUCUGGAUCCCGAACUACGAAUAGAAGGCUGGAAAUUCCUGCUUGGAUUGUAUCCAUGGAAGUCUACCUAUGAUGAUAGAGAGGCCAUUCGCCAGAGUAAAAAUGAAGAAUAUUUUGAUUUGAAGAGCAAGUGGUUCAACGAUUCCGAAUUACAAGCCACGAGCAAGUUCGAGGAGGAAAAGCAUCGAAUCAAUAAAGAUGUUCACCGCACAGACAGAUCGGUCACCUUCUUUGCUGCAGAAGAUUUACCAAAUCCUGAUCCCGAAUCACAAUAUGGGACCAACGCCAACUUAGAGACCAUGAAAGAUAUCCUCUUGACAUACGUGAUGGCGUAUAAUCCUGAGCUUGGCUAUGUACAAGGCAUGUCUGACUUGGUUGCUCCCAUCCUUGUGGUUAUGGGAGAUGAAGCCAUGACCUUUUGGGCCUUUACACACUUCAUGGAUCGCAUGAAAUCCAAUUUUUACGUAGAUCAAUCUGGUAUGCACCAACAACUCACAACUCUGGAAAGUUUAAUUCGGUUUAUGGAUCCAGUGCUUUACGCACAUUUGGAAAAGUGUGAAAGCACCAACCUUUUCUUCUGCUUCCGCUGGGUCUUGGUUUGGUUCAAACGCGAAUUUGAAUGGGGAGAUGUUAUGAAGUUGUGGGAGUGUAUCUGGACCGAUUAUCUCAGCACCAGCUAUCAUCUCUUCAUUGCUUUGGCUAUCCUAGAUCAACACAGAGAUGUCAUCAUUGACAAUUUUAACCAAUUUGAUGAAAUAUUGAGGUAUAUCAAUGAACUGUCGAUGACAUUGGAUCUCGAUGAUAUCCUGGAACGUGCAGAAAUUCUCUUCCAUCAGUUCCGUCGUCGUAUGGACAGCAUCGACGGCAAGCGAAUCGAACUCAAAUCACAGUUGGAAAUACGUUCGGUUUGGAAUAGUGACAAACGACAGGUCAUCCAAAAUGACCUUGAGCGCCUGGAAGUCGAUAACUGCCUACGUCUGCUCUUGAAGCGCCAUCCAAGCUUAUUUUAAUUAUGUAUAUUACUCCACAACCGGUUCUUGUUAUCAAGUGCCCAGUUCUGUACCCGUAGUUUCUUCCUCUGAUUUUAGCAUUCAUAUACUAAAUCCAUCGUAGCUGUAUGUCUUAUUUUCACCUAUGCGAUAACCAAUAUAUAAAUGUGGCUGCUUUCAUUUCAAGGCACUACAUCCUGUCUUGAGCGGAAUGGAUGUGCCACUUCUCGAAAAA